AUGAAGUCCAUCUCCGCUCUGGCAGCCAUCAUCCCUCUCCUCCCCGUGACCGAAGCCCUCGUCGGUCUCGACUGGAGCGCCACCAACAUCCCCUCAACAGGCCUGAAGGAUAUCACAUUCCCCAUCUCGAUCGCCAACGCCCCGCGCGAAGAAGGCUUCUACUUCGCCCAGCAAUUCAGCUUCAACGGCGUCACCGACAUCGGCUACACAGGCCUUCAACCUCGUCCCGACGCCAACGGCGCAAGCAUCAUCCACGCCGUCUUCUCCAGCUUCAUCCCCGGUAGCACCAGCACCGACGAGAACUGCAGUGAUGGCGCCGACGGCGGUGCUGGCGUCAGCUGUGCCGUCGAGAUACCGGCAUCCUAUGCGCCCAUGUAUCACCUCGUUAUAAAGAACACCGAAGGAACAACCUGGACCGGAACCCUAGUGGAUGCCGUCAAUAACAAUGAGACUCAUAUCGGAGAGUAUACGCUUCCCUCUGGAACGGGUGGUAUCAAGGAGUCCCAGGUUGGGUUCGUCGAGUAUUAUCCUUGGAAUGCUGUUGCUAGCCAUACCUGUGGCUCGUUGCCGUAUACUAAUGCUACUUUCUUGAACCCUAUCUCCUCUGAGUCUGGUGUUACCGCUACUGUGGGGAAGCCGUAUGAGUAUGGUGAUUGUGAGGGUCAGGUUCGGUUUGAUGUGCAGGAGGUUGAGGAUGGAUUUGAGGUUUCGGUUGGGUUUUAA